UUGUUUAGUAUUGCUUUAGCUUCUAGCCGAAGAACGUGGAAUAAGCUCGCUGAGGCGAAUCAGUGGCAUUUUCCGGGUGCAAAAGUGAGUUUAUUUAUUUCUUUUGGCAAAGAUUUCCAUGAGACACAGUGGGUGGAAAAUAGUGAAAAGUUGAGUUUCCUCUUCAGUUCCUUGGACGAUUGUCAAGAAAAUUACCAUGUGAAUGAGCUUUAAAAUACAUCAGACGACAGUCUGCGUGAAGUUCUUGGAGAAAGUUUUCAGAAUCUUGAAAUAACAAAUGACUGUGACACUGAUGGGGAUAAUAUAAGGAGGGAAAACGGCAAAGAUGUCUCUUCUAUUGCAAUAAUUUCACAAAAGUUGUAUUUUUAAAACUAUUAUGUGGAUUUUGUAAAACUUCUCCAGCACUACUAACUUUAAACCCAAAAAAAGAAUCAACUCGUCGCAUUUGCUUGGUGAAAGGCGACAAUCUUUGGGAAAAUAACAUAGAAAAGGAAGAAAUAAUUCAGAGGAAAAAGCUCCCUCCUUAACACGAAAAAGUGGAGCGUGUAAAUGUAAAAUAUACAUAGGAAAGUCCCCCAACUCCCAAUUCCUCUCCUCUUCUCCCAGAAAAUCAGUGGAAAAGCACAAGAAAGUGGAAAAGAAAAUGCAGCAACAAGGACAAAUGAAGAGUAUUGCGGGUGACACGAGACCAUUAUCGAAUAAUAAAAGGCCAUACCGGAAGACAAGCGCUGAGAUUGUGAGCGAGGCAAAAAGCAUUUUAGCAGGAGGCGGAACUGGUGCUCGAUUAGUUGUGACGCGUCGACCUAUAACGCCGAGAGAACCACGACCAGGACGUCAUCUGUAUGGGCGUGUAGCUCCCGAAGGUCGUCCACCCAGUGCCUUCAGUCUGCGAUACCUUCAGUUUGAGAGUCGGGCUCUACCGUCACUUGAGCCCAUCCCUCAGAUCACUCAAUCCUUCGAUGAUGCUCCCACGACACCCACAAAGAGUCCCAUUGUACAGAGGAGUGAGUCAACGGGAUCACUGUAUAGCUGCAUGGAGAAUGGGGAGGAUACCAAUAAUAAUCAGAAACGAGGAAAAUUGCCAGCACUGCUUCAGCCACCCAAGAUUGCAGCAUCCCUCGACAAUUUGCUGGAGGAGAUGCCACCGCGGAAGGAUUUCUCAGUGAAGGAUCACCCUCUGAGGAAGAUGCAGACGAAAUCCUGCGAUGAGACUCAGCGCAGCAAUGGACCACAGAAGAAUUCCCCAUCUGGGAUGCCACAGCAAUCAAGUGGAGGGGUCAGAGGGACAAAAUUGAAUCGUACCAAUGAUUUAUUGACACAAUCCUCCACGGAGACCCUCCUCGACAUGCUGAAAGCUCACGCGGGAGUCAAGGAGUGUACUGAGGAAUCUGUUCAGCACAUCACAGGGAUUCUCACAGAGUUGUACACGCGAGUGAAGGGGGCUCGAGGUGGAUGGCGUGGAGCAGUUCUUACAGCUCUCUAUGGUCUGGUGGAGUGUGCUUCACCCAAAGUUCUUCUGGCUGUAGCUCGAGUUGUUCUGGCGCUUCGCGUGACUGGCAGCAACUUGACAGGAGCCUGCAAGUUAAUCUUCAAAGUGGCGAGGAAUGAGUCAAACGAUAAUUUGUUCAUUGACUGCGAUGUGGCGGAGUUGCUUAUUGAGGGAUUGGGACGUGCAUCGCCACUAGAAGAACCAGAAGCGUGCAUUUAUGGCUAUGGAGCUGUGCGUUUUCUAGCAUCAUCAAAUAUACAGCCCUACUCUGGCAAGAGUGGAAUCAAGAAGGAAGUAACUAAGAAUAGGUACAAGUCACUGGCUUACAGAUUGGCACGCCAUGGAGCCAUUGAUCUCAUUGUGCUCCAUUUGCAAAUGCUAAAUGAAGCCGGUGCACAGUCAAAGCUAGCCGGUCCACCCCUCCAUGCACUUUAUCAACUCUCUGGAGCUCUGCGUGCCUUAGCUGGUGCCCCCAUUGUUAUUCAGGCCAUCAACAAUCCCAUGGAUAAAGUGCUCACAACCACCCAAACGACGCAAUUUGGUCAGAUCAGAGAGACCCUCGAGGGAGAGGAAAUCCAACUGGAACUGGCUGGGCCACAUCUGGUGCGAGCAGCUGAGAUUUGCAUCGAUGAAACAGAGACUCAGGCCAAUAUCAUUCGCACCCUUAGUGUCUUGUCUGAGUUGGAUGUAUGUUGUGGCAUGAUGGUAGAUUCAGCGGCUAAAUUGGCAAUUUUGCUGGGACCAUGGCCAGAAGUGACCUCUCGGGAGAUUCCUGAAAAACCCCUGGGAAUAGUAAGUCGAUUGGGGUACAUCCUGGGGAAUAUUGUGGCUAAAUGGGAUGCAGCAAGGAUUCUUAUCUAUGAAAAUGACGUGGCCAUGGAGCAUCUUCUGAUGGCUCUGAAGCACUAUUCCAAUCAGAAUCUACAGAUAAGGGGUCAGGGAGAGGACUCCGUGGUAGAUGUAAUUGUAAAACUGGUGAGAGUUGUAGCCAAUAUGUGUGUUAAUAGUGAGGUAGGAUCAGGAAUGUGCAGGAGACCUUUUCUGGGUAGUACUCUGCUUUAUUUGGUGAAUACAUCAAAUAGAAUUUCAACAGAAGAGAUGACGGAGGAACUUGAGGAAAUGGUUCUGGCAACUUUAGGAGCUCUACACAAUUUAUCCUUUUACCAGGAGAGUGAUGAGGCAAAAGCAUCUGAAGGUUCCCUGAGCAGUGUCAAUGGGAAGAUUGAACGCCUGAGCUCUGCUUUGGUUGAGACUCUCAAAAGCCAGUCUAUUGCUUCUCAAGCGGAAGCGGCGAGGGUGUUGGGAAAUAUGACACGCAAUCCUGAAUCCAGGGAGGCUAUUUGUGCAGCUGGUGGCCUGAAGGUGCUCGUGAGGAAUCUCGAAUCGGAGGAUUUUGAAUUGGUAUCUUCAUCCUGUGGAGUAUUAGUGAAUUUGUUGGGUGAUUGGGAGCGCAGGGCGCCUUUUAAGGAUUUCAAGGGCCCUCUAUUGCUGCGUGAUGUUCUUCAGCGGAGUGCGAUGGAGGAGGACUGGCUGUUGGCGGGAAUUGUGUGUCAAGCUUUGUGGAAUUUUCUCAUUGACACGGAUAACGUAGUGGUUGCUCUAGGCGCUGAGGAAGCCGAGUGCAUAAUGCAGGAUCUUGUGGAGUGUCUGGGAGACGACGAAAAAAAGAAAUGUGCUGAUGAAUUGUGGGAACAAUUCUCCUUUGUGGCCAGUGACUUGUUGGAUCGCAUUCAAACUUCCCCCAUUUCAAUUACAAAUUCACCGUGCAUCUCAUCAGAAUCAGAUGAUAAUGAUGUUGUCGCAGGGAAGGUGGGUCAUGCCUGGGGCAAUGGCUUCCGGCAGUGGCUUGAUGAAUGAACGAGAAACGGGCAGAAUUUCAUUAAAUAAGCAACAGUAAAUGCAAUAAAGGACAGAAUAUUCGCCUACAUGCCAGUUCUUCUGCGAAAAAAAAAGAAAGGACAGAGAGAAAGAUGUCAAGAUGAACGAUGGAAUUAGACUUUCGUCACCAUGAAAUGAUAUUUAUUCCAGUAACGUUUACCCUCUUCAAUUUUGUAGUUCCUAAUUCAAUUCCUCCUUUUUUUUCCUCAACUCAAAGUAGGAUCCAUGUAGAAAGUGUUACAUUCUGGAAAUACCUCACCCAUCCACAAUAAUUUUAGCCCCAGGACGCAAUGUUAUAAUGUAGAAGAAGCAAAAUAAAAUUGUUUAGAUGGUACUUGAAACC